GAUAGGAUUUUUCGCACCCAAAUCAAAUCAUUGCCUUUCUUCUAUUUCUCUCCCACUCUCUCUAUUUAUACUCUGCACCAUCUGCCCACUUCUCCUCACAAAUUAAUUAACCUAUCUUUCUCUCUCCCUCUCUGAAAUUAUCCUCUCUUUUUUGCCUACUUGGUGUAAAAUCAGAAAUGGGAGAAAUUUCUUGCUCUAAUGGCAAUGGAAUUAAUGGGAAGAACCAUACACUGGCAGGUUACAGAAAGAGCUGCUGGUAUGAAGAAGAAAUAGAGGAGAAUCUCAGAUGGUGUUUUGCUCUAAAUAGUAUAUUGCACACAGGAGCCACACAGUUCCAGGACAUUGCAUUACUAGAUACAAAGCCCUUUGGCAAGGCAUUGGUGAUUGAUGGGAAGCUCCAAAGUGCAGAAGUAGAUGAAUUUAUCUACCAUGAAUGUCUUGUUCAUCCAGCACUUAUUCAUCAUCCAAAUCCGAAAAAGGUAUUUGUCAUGGGAGGUGGUGAAGGUUCGACAGCAAGAGAAAUUCUUCGACACAAGACAGUGGAAAAAGUUGUCAUGUGUGACAUCGACGAGGAGGUGGUGGAAUUUUGCAAGUCAUAUUUAAUUGUGAACAGAGAAGCCUUCUGCGAUUCGAGACUGGAGCUUGUCAUCAAUGAUGCCAGGGUGGAGCUAGAAAGUAGAACAGAUGGACAUGAUGUGAUCAUAGGAGAUCUGGCAGAUCCAAUUGAAGGAGGCCCUUGUUACAAGCUCUACACCAAAUCCUUCUAUGAGUUCACUGUUAAACCUAGACUCAAUCAUGGUGGCAUAUUUGUCACCCAGGCUGGACCCGCUGGAAUAUUUAGCCACACGGAAGUAUUCACAUGCAUCUACCAUACUUUAAAGCAGGUGUUCAAAUAUGUUGUGCCCUAUUCUGCUCAUAUUCCUUCUUAUGCCGAUACUUGGGGAUGGAUCAUGGCAUCAGAUUCGCCAUUAACGGCAAGUUCAGAAGAGGUAGAUUUGAGAAUGAAACAGAGAAUCAAAGGGGAGAACAGAUUUCUUGAUGGGAAAACUUUUACAUCGGCGGCUACGCUCAGCAAAGCUGUGAGAAAAUCGCUUGACAAUGAGACGCAUGUUUACACUGAGGGAACGGCAAGAUUUAUAUACGGCUAUGGCAAGAACAAUCAAGGUUGAAGUUCAAAAAUUGGCAGAUCACAAGAACAAAAAGAAGACUGAAAUUAAAAACUUUAUUAUUUUUUUUUUCUGGUUCCUGUUCCGUAAUCACUUUUUUUUUUUUUACUUAAUUUGAUUUUGUGUAGUUACUUGAACUGUUUGGUAUAAUGAUAUAAUGUUUGGUAUAAUGAUAUAAUGGUAAUGGAAUUUGCAA